GGGAGCACCUCGCUGCGUUUCGCACCCGGGAUGGCCAAGCCUACGUGGUCAACGCUUACUGCCCUCACCUUGGCGCUGACCUCGCCGCCGGCGGGCGCGUCGUCGGCAGUUGCAUCGAAUGCCCGUUUCAUGGCUGGCAGUUCCAAGGAGAAGAUGGAAAAUGCACCCGCAUCCCGUACGCUGAAAAAGUGCCAGAUUUUGCGAGGGUCCAAUCCUGGCCGUGCUGCGAGGUCAAUGGGAUGCUGCUGGUCUGGUACCACUGCGAAGGGGUCGGUCCGACAUGGGCAGUGCCCGAGCAGCGGGAGAUCACCACCAAAGAGUGGGUGUUCCGUGGGCAGACGGAGCACUUUGUCAACGCGCACAUCCAGGAAAUCCCCGAGAACGCAGCCGACACGGCUCACCUGGCUUUUCUCCACGGACCAGCUAUUCUGGGCGGAUCCGAUCUGAGAUACACAAGGUCCAAACUGUGGGAUUUUAUGAAGCACAUCUGGAAGGCAGAGUGGCGGCCAGAGCCGGCGCCCAACGAGCAUUGCUCCCAGAUGCUGGUUGAACACACCGCAACCAUCUUCGGGAAGCACAUCUCCUUGAUGGAUUUGAAGGUUUUGGCCAGGCAGGUGGGACCAGGGCUGGUUUUCCUCAUCUUUGAACACGCUUUCCUUGGCCAUGGGAUCAUCCUGCAGACGGUGACUCCCCUGGAGCCUCUCCUGCAGAAUGUUGUCCACAAAAUCUACUACCAGAAGAACAUGCCGGCCAUAAUCCCCAAGUUCAUCCUGAGAGCAGAGUGCAUACAGUUCGAGCGCGAUAUAACCAUCUGGAAUAACAAACAGUAUCUGUCCAAGCCGCUGCUGGUCAGAGAGGACUCCAGCAUCCAGAAGCACCGGCGCUGGUAUGCCCAGUUCUACAGUGAGAAGAGCACCAGGCUGCUGGCGCAGAAGGAGGGUCUGGACUGGUGA